ACGAAGCGGCGGCGCAAGGACCCGGGCGCGCCCAAGGGCCGGCGCUCGGCCUACAUCUUCUUCGGCAACGCGAAGCGCGCCGAGGUCAAGGAGCUCCACCCGGACUUCUCCCUCGGCGACGUCGGCCGCGAGCUCGGCGCGCGCUGGAAGGCGCUCUCCGACGACGACAAGAAGCCCUACGCGGCCCUCGCGACCGCGGACGCGGAGCGCUACGACCGCGAGAUGGCGGCCUACAAGGCCACGCGA